ACCAAGAAAGAACCAUAAAAGAGAGAAGGGGGGAAUGUGUACCAAAAUACCAUCUUCCUUCCUUCCCUCUUCCUAUCAAACAAGAGAACAAGUACACCAACAAAUGUCUCAAACACCAACACUGCAGCAAAACAAAAUAUUUUUUUCUUAAAUUACACAAUGAGAAACACCAAAGAUUACUACUUUCACCAAUUCUUGUUCUUGAUUUUGAUUUCUCAAUUUCUUCAUCCAAUUCUUGCUAUACCCACUGAUACAAUCACCCCAACACAGUCUUUAACCAAAGAUCAAACCUUAGUAUCUUCCGAUCAACUCUUUGAAUUAGGCUUUUUCUCUCCAGGCGGUGCAAAUUCAGACAAAUGGUAUAUCGGUAUUUGGUAUAAAGAGAUUCAAGACAGGACUAUUGUCUGGGUUGCAAACAGAGCUAAACCCCUUUCAGCUUCAUCAACAUCAGUCCUAAAAAUCACAGAAAUUGGUACCCUUCUUCUCGUCGAUGGCCAAACUGGGAAUUCCGUUUGGUCUUCCGAUCAAACUCCGGCGACCAACGUUGUAGCCCAACUACUUGACUCCGGGAACUUUGUCAUUCGACCGGAAAACGAUGACAGGGAACAGAGUUACCUAUGGCAGAGCUUUGAUUAUCCAACAAACACUUUAUUACCUGGGAUGAAACUUGGGUGGGAUUCAAAAUCCGGGAUGAAUAGAAACAUAACAUCAUGGAAAUCAGCAAUUGACCCAGCUCCCGGAGAUUACACUUUCAAGAUCAACACCAGUGGGUUCCCGGAAAUUUACUUGACGAAUAAACAAGAAAUUAUCUACCGGAGCGGGGCUUGGAAUGGAAUUAGAUUCAGUGGGGUACCGGAAAUGAAGGCAAGUGAUAUUAUCUCAUUCGAAUUUCAGUUCAAAUCCGAUGAAAUUACUUAUACGUUCAAACUACACAACAAAACUUUAUACUCAAGAUUGUUCGUGAGUCACAGUGGUUUUCUUGAAAGAUUCGCUUGGAUCCCAACAAGCAACCUAUGGAAUCGAUUUUGGUAUGCUCCAAAAGAUCAAUGUGACGGAUACACAGAGUGUGGGAUAUCUGGAAUUUGUGACACAAAUAUUUCACCAAUCUGCAAAUGUAUGGUGGGAUUCAAGCCUAGAAAUCAAGUGGCCUGGGAUUUGCGAGAUGGGUCUGAUGGUUGUGUUCGUUUUCAUAAUUUGGAUUGUAAAACUGAUAAAUUUAACAUAUUGAAGAACAUGAAGUUGCCAGAUACGACGAAUUCGUUUGUGGAUACGACUAUGAAUUUGGAUGAAUGUGAAGCUAUGUGUAUGAAGAAUUGUUCUUGCACGGCCUAUACAAAUUCGAACAUUAGCGGAAGCGGGUCGGGUUGUGUGAUUUGGAGCUCCGAACUUGUUGAUAUGCGGCAGUAUGCGGUGGCGGAAGGUGGCCAAGUUCUCUACGUUAGGGUGGCUUCUUCUGAUGCAGUGCAAAUUGGAGGUGAAGGAUCUGGAAAUAGUUCUCGCAAGACAAAAAUAGUUGCAAUAGCUGCUGGGGUUACAGUUGGUAUAGCUCUUGUGUUAUUUGGACUAACCCUUUGCAUCUUAUCAAAGAGAAGAAAACAUCAAAGUUCAAUCCGAACUAAAUCCGUGAACAGAGGCACUAGCGAACGAAGUCAAGAGCUUUUGAUGAAUGCAACUAUUAUUCCAAGUAAAAGAGAAUUUUCUGGUGAAACUUCCACGGAAGAGUUUGAAUUGCCAUUGUUUGAUUACAGUACCCUAGCUACGGCAACAGAAAAUUUUUCUGACGCGACUAAGUUGGGCCAAGGUGGCUUUGGUUGUGUUUACAAGGCAAUGCUGGUUGGUCAAGAAGUAGCAGUCAAAAGGCUCUCGAAGAAUUCUGGACAAGGAGUAGAGGAAUUUAAAAAUGAGCUAAGAUUGAUUGCCAGGCUUCAACACAGAAAUCUAGUCCGGCUUCUUGGCUGUUGUGUUGAUAUGGAAGAGAAGAUGCUGAUCUAUGAAUACCUGGAGAAUAAAAGUUUAGAUUCAAUUUUGUUCAAUAAACAGAAAAGCUCGCUGCUCGACUGGCAAAAGCGGUUCAAUAUUAUUUGUGGGAUUGCUCGGGGGCUUCUAUACCUUCAUCAAGAUUCAAGAUUUAGGAUUAUCCAUAGAGACCUUAAAGCAAGCAAUAUUCUGCUUGAUAAGGAUUUGACCCCCAAAAUAUCAGAUUUUGGCAUGGCAAGAAUUUUUGGCGGAGAUGAGACUGAAGGAAAUACCAAAAGAGUAGUUGGAACCUAUGGUUACAUGUCUCCGGAAUAUGCAAUGGAUGGCCUCUUCUCUGUUAAGUCCGAUGUUUUCAGCUUUGGGGUUUUGGUGUUAGAAAUAGUAACCGGAAAGAAGAACAGGGGAUUCUAUUAUCAAAAUAACCAACUCAACCUUCUUGGACAUGCGUGGAGACUCUGGAAAGAAGGGAGCGGCUCAGAGCUACUAGAUCCAUCUUUUGGAGAAUCUUUUUCUCCAUCUGAAGUAAUGAGAUGCAUACAGGUUGGACUGUUGUGUGUCCAGGAACAAGCAGAAGACCGACCAAACAUGGCCACUGUGGUUUUGAUGCUAGGUAGCGAAAGUGCAUCACUUCCUCAGCCUAAAAACCCAGGAUUUUGCCUUGGAAGAAGACCCGUUGAUUCUGAUUCAUAUUCGACUAAUUAUGAAGAAACUUGCACUGUCAAUCAAGUUACAGUUACCAUGAUAGAUCCCCGGUAGUUGAUGGUAUCGCCCUCAGAAAGUGUGUAUAUUACUACAAGAGGUUCACAAUUUUCUCUUGUAUACUAUCUCAGUUUUUGUUUUUGGGUAAGUUUUGUGAAAGAUAAAGAGCAUAAUUAGGUCUUUUUUUCUCAUUACAUACAAUUUGUGAAUUCAAAAUCUUGUCUUUUUUCAUCAUCAAUGUAAUAGGCCAAUCAUUCCUUUUCCAUAUCCUUCUAAAUUACUGUGUCAUUAUUGAUGUGAUUCAGAAGGAAUAUCUUGUGCAUUCAUCUUCAUUUCUACUAAAUAAAAUUUAAACUUUUGGUCUUUUCA